CACCAUUACAUGCUAGCGCAGAACUGACACAUUAUGUAGAAAACAGUCUGCACAAGAAAAUAACUUACUUAUAAUAAUCUUACUGUAAUAUUUACAUUUCCAUUGAUAGGUAUGGGCCUAUUAAUUGGAGGUCUGUCCAGUUGGGAAGGAGUUAAACACUGGACUAGACUGGACUUUGACUAGCCUACCUCAUGCCUGUUUCUCUGUUGUUCACUUGAGCCAGUGCUGAAUGAAAGACUGCACCAUGUUUUUUACCGCUAUUUUGGAUUGGUGUGACUUAAAGACCUGUUUGCUAAUAUUUGGUCUGCUUUUACUCUUCAUCAAAAUACGGAAGAAAGGACAUUCAGAUUUUCCUCCUGGACCAUGGGUUAUUCCUUUAUUGCAUGAUAUUCUCUUUGGUUUUGAUCCUCACACUAUAGAUAAGAUUGCUCAAAGGUAUGGACAUAUUUUCAGCAUCAGGAGAGGUGGCAUCAAGACAGUCUAUGUGUCAGGAUUCAAGAUGGUCCAUGAAGUCUUGGUUACCCAAGGAGACAACUUCCUUGAUCACCCUGUGUCUCCUCUCCUUGACGAGGCCGUCAAAGGCAAUGGGAUUUCUGCUAGCAAUGGGUAUAGAUGGAGAAGGCAACGGCACUUUUCAGUCAGCCAUAUAUAUCCCAUUGGUGAUGGCAGAAGAGCCCUGGAACUGAACAUCCUGAGGGAAUGUGCACUUCUGACCGAGGCCAUCCAAGAGGAGAUAGGUGUAUUUGAUCCUCAUACCAAGAUCGUCAAUGCAGUGACAAAUGUUAUUGGAUUUUUGGUGUUUGGGAAAUGCUUCAACAACAGUCCCAGCGACUUUCAAACACUUCUUACCCUCAGUGCAGAAUCUUGUUCACUCACUCGUACACCCCUUGCUCAGCUUUAUGAUAUUUGUCCAUGGCUCAUGAAGCGAUUCCCAGGACCUCGAGAGACAAUACUGAGCAACUACUCAAAGGUUGCUGCCUUUCUGAGAAAACAAAUUGAGAUACACAAGAAAGACUGGGAUCCCUUUCAUCACAGAGACUUCAUAGACUCCUACAUAGGAGAGAUAGAUAAGAGAAGGAAAGACAGAGAGGCAGGUUUCGGGGUUGAAAACCUGGUAUACUGCACCUUGGACAUGCUUGAAGCUGGCACUGAAACCAUGACCAGCACACUACGAUGGGCUCUCCUCUUCAUGAUGAAGUAUCCAGACGUGCAGAAGGCAGUCCAAGCGGAGAUCGACAGAGUGGUGGGACAGUCUCGCCAACCCUGCCUGGCAGACAAAGUCAACAUGCCCUACGUCAACGCAGUUCUUCAUGAGACGCAGCGGGUUGCCAAUAUCCUGCCAUAUAGUGCGCCCCGCGUAGCACGGAGAGACACAACACUGGGAGGAUAUCUGAUCCCAGAGGGGACUGUGGUCAUAACCAGUCUGUCCUCAGUGCUGAAUGACAAAUCUAAAUGGAUGACUCCAGACAAGUUUAAUCCAGACCAUUUCCUUGAUAGCCAAGGAUUAUUUUGGAAAAGAGAGGCCUUCUUUGCUUUUUCUGCAGGCAAGAGGAUGUGCCUGGGGGAGCAGCUGGCCCAGAUGGAGCUGUUUCUGUUCUUCACCUCGCUCCUCCAGAGAUUCACCUUCUCCUCUCCAGGUGGGGUGGAGCCCAGUCUGGAGGCCCAAGGGAUGAACGUGAUGUCCCCCAAACCGUUCAAAGUCCGGGUAUCAACUCGCCAGUAAUGCUGUGGCAAACAAAUGUCUAGAGCACUACUUUAUUGUGUGAUAUGUGGAAUUAGAAGGUCAAAUGUUUGUAAAUUAUUUGUAAAUACUGUUCUUUGCCUGAUCAAAGUGAAAGUGAACUGUGUUGUCAAUCAACAGCAAGCUGUUGCACAGUGGACAGAAAUUGUGUUCCUCCACACUCCAUGUGCUGGUUUAAUCAUUGUACAUGGCAUGUUUUAAAUAAUUCACUCCACUGAACUUGUGGCAUACAUUUAAUUGCUAUUAAUAAACUUGAAACAACCAAG